AUGGGACCAGCCUCCGACGACAAACCCAAGGCGGAGACGGCCGCUCGGGUUCUUCACUGCCACGGCGAGGACUCCACAAGCCAACUCCUCCAGCGGUUCUGGGAGCUGGACGAGAUUCGAGAACGGGCUCCAAUGUCACAAGAAGAGGAAAAGUGUGAGCGUCACUUCCUCGACACCCAUGCUCGAGAUCCAUCGGGACGCUACGUGGUGCGCCUUCCCUUCGUAAAGGACCCGCGGACUGCGCUGAAGUCCAACAGGACGACGGCGUUGAAACUCCUCUUCAAUUGUGAACGACGCCUAUCCUCGGAUGCUACGCUGAAAGAGCAGUAUCGAAAUUUUAUGAUGGAGUACCUGACUUUACAGCACAUGCAGGGUGCACCCGAAGAAGCGGAUAAAGGGCCUGCGUGUUACCUGCCACACCACGCCCCACGGGCCAAUCGCUCAGCCACUGGUCAGAAGCUCCAGGCUGACCUAUGGAUGGUAUUGACCCGCUGGCGACUUUUUCGGGUCGUAUUCACCACGGACAUUGUCAAGAUGUUCAGACAGAUCCGAGUCCAUUCAGAGGAUACUAAGUGGCAAAGCAUCCUUUGGCGCGCCACUCCCGACGAACGAGUGCAGGACUUUCGGCUUACAACGGUGACGUAUGGCACGGCGUGUGCGCCUUUCCUAGCCUUACGGGUACUUGCCCAGCUGGCGAACGACGAAAGCAGCCGGUUUCCCCGAGGAGCUUCGGUGGUGCGUCGACACACUUAUGUCGAUGAUAUUCUCACCGGGGCGGAUGAUGUCAGCGAGACCCUGGCUUUGAAAAGAGAAGUGGUGGCAAUUUUCAAAGCUGGUGGUUUCGAACUAAGCAAAUGGGCAUCUAACAUACCGGAAAUUCAAGAAGCCGACUCUUCUGAUACGCGCCUGUUUCAGGAAUGGUCCGGCAUCAGCACACUAGGCGUGAACUGGAAUCCUAGGGAUGAUGCCUUCUCCCUUCGAGUCGCAGCCGCUGAGCUGGUGAGAGAAUGUACCACCAAGAGGUCCAUCCUUUCGGAAAUCGCAGGCCUCUUCGACCCACUGGGCUGGGCGGCGCCGGUCCUAGUCGUGGCCAAGAUUUUAAUGCAGGACCUCUGGAUCCUUGGAGCGGACUGGGAUCAGCAAUUGCCAGAGAACGUCUGCACUAUGUGGCAGCGUUUCAGAGGCUCCUUGCCGCAAUUGGAUACCCUGAAGAUCCCACCGAGCUUAUGCGGCAGCGGUGUACCUGCGGGUCAAUAA